AUGCUCAGCGAGAUGCGGGAGGUGAAGCUGGAGCUAGACGCCAUCAGCUACAAUGCUGGGAUCAGCGCGUGCGAGAAGGGCGAGCAGUGGCAGCGGGUGCUGGCGCUGCUGAGCGAGAUGUGGGAGGCGAAGGUGAGGCCCGACUCUAUCUACGCGGAGCACGCACCGAGUCUGUGGCAGAAGGCUUGUGGCGCGAGCGGCGUGGUGCAACGCCUACGCCGCCAGCUCUGGUGCAAGCGGCGUGGUGCAAGCGGUGGUGCAAGGCGGCGUGGUGCAAGCGAGUCUGUGGUGCAGGCGGCGUGGUGCAGCGCCUGUGCCGCCAGCUGUGCCGCGAGCCGUGCGGCGGCACCAUGCACUGAGGCGGCCAUGGACGGGCACCGGGCGAAGCCUCGGCACUCCCCGCGCAGCGACGCAGCCGCCGGCUCGAGCAGCACUGCGUCGGCACACGCUCAAGGUGAGUGA